AGUGUGUAAUUGAUGCAACUAACAUCAAUGCAAGUGAGAUCAAUGCAUUCAACCAUGUCAUUGCAGCAUCAGCAGUGGAGUCUUCGAAGGUGGAAGGAAGCUUCUCCAAUAAAAGCUUAAGAUCAAGGAAACGAAGGAGCAGCUCUACCAACUCCAUCGAGUCUUGUGCACAGGGCAGCAGGAACCGCUCUGAAAUCUGGGAGCCCCUGAGAAAAUCAAGACGGUUGUCGGAGAACACUGCUAACCUUUGUCAGGUUGAAGACGGUGUGGUCACUGAGUCUCUAUGUGAUGCUGUGGCUACACAGGAAACACUUAACGUUGAAGACGUUGUGGUCACUGAAUCUCCAUGUGAUGCUGGAGCUACACAGGAUACACCCAACGUUGAAGACGUUGUGGUCACUGAAUCUCCAUGUGAUGCUGUGGCUACACAGGAAACACCCAACGUUGAAGACGGUGUGGUCACUGAGUCAUUGUGUGAUGCUGUGGCUAUACAGGAAACACUCAACGGUGAAGACUGUGUUGUCAGUGAAUCUCUAUGUGAUGCUGUGGCUACACGGAAAACACCCAACGUUGAAGACGGUGUGGUCACUGAGUCUUUAUGUGAUGUUGUGGCUACACAGGAAACACCUAACGUUCAAGACAUUGAGGUCACUGAGUCUCUAUGUGAUGCUGUGGCUACACAGGAAACACCUAAUGUUAAGGACGUUGUGGUCACUGAAUCUCCAUGUGAUGCUGGCGCUACACAGGAAACACCCAACGUUGAAGACGGUGUGGUCACGGAGUCUCUACGUGGUGCAAUGGCUACACAGGAAACACCCAACGUGGAGGACGUUGCGGCUACACAGGAAACACCUGACGUGGAAGACGGUGUGGUCACUGAGUCUCUGUGUGAUACUGUGACUAUACAGGAAACACCCAACGUUGAAGACGGAGCUGUCAUUGAGUCUCUAUGUGAUGCUGUGGCUAUACAGGAAAUACCCAACGUUGAAGACGGUGUGGUUGCUGAGUCUCUAUGUGAUGCUGUGGCUACACAGGAAACACCUGACGUGGAAGACAGUGUGGUCACUGAGUCUCUAUGUGAUGCUGUGGCUACAAAGGAAACACCCAACGUUGAAGACGGUGUGGUUACUGAGUCUCUAUGUGAUGCUGUGGCUCCACAGGAAGCACCUGACGUGGAAGACGGUGUGGUUACUAAGUCUCUAUGUGAUGCUGUGGCUACACAGGAAACACCCAACGUUGAAAAGGUUGUGUUCUCUCAGUCUCUAUGUGAUGCUGUGGCUACAAAGGAAACACCCAACGUUGAAGACAGUGUGGUCACUGAGUCUCUAUGUGAUGCUGUGGCUACACAGGAAACACCCAGCGUUGAAGACGUUGUGAUCACUGAGUCUCUAUGUGUUGCUGUGGUUACACAGGAAACACCCAACGUUGAAGACGGUGUUGUCACUGAGUCUCCAUGUGAUGCUCUGAGUGAAGGGAGUGAGAUCAGUUCCUCCACAGGCAAUGUCAGUGUGGCCUCAGAACCUUUAGUGGGAAUGCUUGCAUUUUCUGAGGAUGAUAUCAAUGUGCCUGUUGACAAGGUUUCUUCGCUGGCUGCACAUGAGGCUGCCGAAUGCUUUACUCAAGAUGGGUCAACUAACAUCAAUGCAGUGGAAGGAAGCUUCACCAAUAAAAGCUUAAGAUCAAGGAAACGAAGGAGCAGCUCUGACAACUCCAUCGAGUCUUGUGCACAGCGCAGCAGGAACUGCUCUGAAAUCUGGGAGCCCCUGAGAAAAUCAAGACGGUUGUCGGAGAACACUGCUAACCUUUGUCAGAGGGAAACUUCAGAACCUGAUGAGGUCAAUGCCACAGGCGAAACAAUGGAGUCCUCUGAGGAGGAUGUGACUCUGCCUGUGGAAAAGCGUCCCCCACUGGAUCUGUGUGAGUUAACUGAAGGAGUAGCUGGAGAAGAAACAACAGCCUUGAAUGAGAGUGAGAUCAAUACAUCCACAUGCAACGUCACUGCAGCUUCAGAACUUGCAACGGCAGAGGAAACGUCCUCUGAGGACAAUGCGACUGUGCCUAUGAAAAAGCGUUCCUACCUGGAUCUGCGUGAGUUAACUGGAGGAGUAGAUAGAGUUGACACAACUGUCACUGAUGCAAUUGAGAUCACUACAUCCACAGGUAACGUCACUGCAGCUUCAGAACUUGCAACGGCAGAGGAAACGUCCUCUGAGGACAAUGCGACUGUGCCUAUGAAAAAGCGUUCUUACCUGGAUCUGCGUGAGUUAACUGGAGGAGUAGAUAGAGUUGACACAACUGUCACUGAUGCAAUUGAGAUCACUACAUCCACAGGCAACGUCACUGCAGCUUCAGAACUUCCAACGGCAGAGGAAAAGUCCUCUGGGAUUAACAUCACUCUACCUUUGGAGAAGUGCUCCGCUCUGGAGGUACUCAAGUCAAGUGACGUCUGGCGUACAGGGGAAUCACGGAACGUUUAUGAAGGUGAGAUCACGGCAUCCAGCCACAAUGUCAUUACAGGCCAAGACCUUUUUAUUGCCACGGACGAGUACUUUGAGGGUAAUAUCACUCUGCCUAUGGAAAAGGUUUCCUUAGUGGAUGAAGCUGACCAUGCUGAAGCCAGUGCAACGGACGGAACAAGCAGCAAGGAUGAGAUUGAGAUCGCUGCAUCAAUAAAUGAUGUCAGUGCAGCUCCACAAGGUUUCUUUGGAGUUGACGGGUCUGGUGAAGAUAUCACUCUGCCUGUGGAAAAGGUUUCCUCACUGGAUGUACUCAAGCCUGCUGAAGCCAUUGCGACUGACGAAACACCUAUCACUGAUGAGAGUGAAGUCACUUCGUCCAUACAUGGUUUCAGUGCAGCCUCAGAAGUUUUAAUGGUAGGGGAAACGUUCUCCGAGGCUUAUAUCACUCUGCCCGUGGAAAAGCUUUCCUUACUCGAAGUACAUGGGCCAGUAGAGGUUGUGGCUACAGGAGAAACUACUACCCUUGAUGAGGUUGAGAUCACUGCCUGCGCAUAUGAUGGCAGUGUCAUCACAGCAGAGAAAGCUUUGUCCCAGGAUACCACCCUUCCUGUGGAGAACAUUGCCUCGCUAGAAGUACACCAGCCAACUAAGGCCGUCGCCACAGAGGAAACAACGAACUUUGACGAGGAUAAGAUUGCUGCAACCACAUGUGAUGGCACUCCGGCAGUGCAAGAGCACUUUCCGGAUAAAACCACCCUGCCUGCGGAAAAGAUUUCAUCACUGGAGGUACACGAGACAACUAAGGCCGUCGUCACAGAGGAGACAACUAACUUUGACGACGAGAAGAUUACUCCAACCACAUGUGAUGGCAUUCCGGCAGUGCAAGGGCGCUCUCAGGAUAAGAUCACUGUGCCUGUAGAAAAGGUUUCCUCACUGGAUGUACACGAGGCAGCCAACGCUGUGGCUGCAAAAGAAGCAAUUACCUCUGAUGACAUGGAGAGGAGCUUGUCCAGGAGAACCUUAAGGAAACGGAAGCGAGCCUCUGAAACAGCCAGUGAGGGGUAUGGACACGCCAGCACGAGCUGCUCUGUGCACAAAGAUGUCGGCGAACCAGCAAGGAAAUCAAAGCGCUGCCUGCUGAACAGUGGAGCUGACACAGCUGCCUCUACCUCCAAGGCUACCACUGCACCAGCCGUCCUGUCUGAAGGAGCUGACGCUGCAGCCACAGAAACGGCUGACAAUGAUACGAUCAAAAUCAAAGCCGAGGGUAUCCCAGCUCCAAACUCUGGUGCAGAGAGUCCAGUCACCAUGGGGUACGUGCAUUACUACCUGAGCACGGCUUAUCAGCUCUUGUGUGGUGCCAUGAAGCGAGACCCAGCUGGUACCCUUCCCGCCGUGGAAAGCGUCAUCCAGCAGUCUCAGGAGGCUACCGCGGCAGAGCCCCCCGCGGCAGAGCCCCCCCAAAACAGCACGGCACGUCGAAGACGAGUACGACAAGUCUGGAAUGGGGAAACGUUUGUUCCCAAAGCACAGGGACGGGAGCAAGCGCAACCCUAUCUCCGUCGGCGACGCCCACGGAGAAAGUGAGACGGCACUCUAUAAGUGUCGUCUCUUUUUUUUUUUUUCCUCCUGAUUUGUUAAAAGCAACACGUGUAUACUUGGUGAGCGGGUCAAAAAUAUUUUAAAACAAAGUUAAAAAAAGCACAAACAAAAUUCAAAAUUUAAAAAAACAAACCCUUCUUCCCCCAGAAGGAGGGUU